UGAUGAACAACAGCGGAAUGCAAAAGCGGAGCUGUGAAGUUUGUCCCUUACGCGUUUCCGUAGAACGCUGCUGUCAUGUCUGCACCCUUCAUGUCUCUGUACAGGUGUUGCCAGCGGUCGGCCCUCCUGGUCGUCUCCAGGCGGUCGUUGAGCUCCAGCUCGGUGUCUCCCCCUCCGCUGCACACCAGGAUCCUCCUCUACCUCACCCAGCGCUUCUACGAUGUGGAGAUGCUCCAGAGCUGGAUGUCUCUGCGGCGGUGGAAGGGGGUGCAGAAGAGGAACUCUUUCUAUGGCUACGCUCAGCAGCAAUACGGAUCAGACAUCGCAGCAGCGUAUUACAUCCUGAACAUGAAGGGAGGCUUCAGGUUUGUCGGCCAGUCUGAUUGGUUCAGUGCAGAUCGGAGGGGCAAAUUUAAUUGGGCUUUCAUGGAUCAUAAAAACACACCCCUGGAGGAAGUAAACAUGAACUACACAGGCAUCAACUACAGAGGGCUGGAGAACCUCGAGGGCCAGAAAACUUUGCGGACUCUGUCAUUACGAGGAUGUCCUGAAGUGGAUGACUGGUUUCUGGCUAGGCUUCACAUGUUCCAGGACUCUCUGGAGGAACUGGACAUCUCUCACUGUCCACGCAUCACGACAGGCGGCCUGGCUGCACUCAGGAAUCUCAAGGGACUGAAGCGUCUGGAUGUGUCAUCCCUCCCUGAGAUCUCGAGUCCCGGGGUGGUCAUCAUCCUGCUGGAGGAGAUGUUACCAAAGUGUGAUGUCACUGCUAACGGCUACGACCACAACCUGAGGGAGGAGAGCUGAAAGAGGAGCACAGGUGAAGGACGGACAUCAGAGGAAUCGAGAGACUUUGUUCAGAAAGAGAAAGGGUCUUCUGUGAGAGCUCAGUGGUCGGACAGAGAGUUUGUUAGACAGUUGGCAGUUUCAUCUGUCCUCUCUUGUCGGAUGUAAAUCUGAAUGGGUACAGAUGUGUGUAUGUCUUGAGCUAAUUGCACCGUGUCUGAAAAUGUGUUUUAUUUGCUGAAAUGUAAAUAUGAUUGUCCAUGUACUGAAUAAAGAUUUUAUUUCUAAAAA